CACAAUCUGAAUACCACAGUGAAGAAAACAUGGCAGCCGUUCUUCCCGGCCUCUCCACCCGUGAGGCUAUUGCCGACGUCCUCCACCGUGCCGUACUCGCCUUCGACACGGCCGACCGCCCUCUCCUCAUAUCUGCCCUAAUGCCAGAUGUGGUCUUCAAUAUCGAUGGAGCUGUCAUGGAUGGCAUUGACCAAGUCCUCAGCCAAGGCUACGACAAGGUUUCCAAGCUCGAUACAUCCCAUAUCGUCAGUAAUGUCCGCAUCAACGCUGUUGAUGGGGAAUCCCUGGCAUCUAUGACUGCCUCUGUGCUUUCCCAGCACUAUCGACUUGGCACCGGCAAAGUGCCGGGUGCAGAAUAUUUCAUGGCUGGCUCGCUGUACUUUAUCGAUGCGGUGAAAGAUGAGACAGACGGGUUAUGGAAGAUCAAGAAUUGGACUGUGAAGAUAACUUGGACCAUUGGAAACCACCAGGUGAUUGAAUAA